GCUUUUCCCCCCAAAGAAAAGCAGAAGCUCAUUUGUCGUUCCCACCAAACGCAAUUCCUCUCUUCAAACCAGGCCUCUAAUCAGAUUUGAAGCACUGCAACUCCAUAUGGCUAACGUGGUAGAAUUGAAGGUCGGGUUACACUGUGAAGACUGCAUUAAGAUGAUCUUAAAAGCCAUCAAGAAGAUCGAAGAUAUCGAGACGUAUGAUGUUGAUACACGAUUGAACAAGGUCACGGUUACCGGCAACGUAACAAAUCAACAGGUCAUCAAAGCUCUUCAGAAGAUCGGGAAGCAUGCUUCUUACUGGCAACGAGAUUCAACCACAAGCUACUAGAUCAUCGAUCAGACCUAAAACUACUGCUCUAUGGUUGAAGGUUUUAGAUCGAUCGAUCGAUAUUUGAUGUAUUAUUUCAAUAAUUGCAUUUAAAUUUCAUUACAAAAGUAUCCCUAUGAUGUUAAUUAAGUGCGAUUUGAUGAAAAAAUCGAUAUUGAUAAUUUGAUAAAACUGUGAUUGAAGAUGAA